AGGAGCUAACACUGCCGGUCUCUUUGCUCAUCAAACAAUUAUAAACCCUGCUUCCAUUUGGCAUUUUCAAUCCUCUAGCUCCCAACAAGCAUAUUAUCAGCUGUAGCUAGCGAAGUUCGGUUUACAUCGAUCAAUGGCGUCGUCGGGAUCGUGGACGGCGAGGCAAAACAAGUUGUUUGAGAAUGCUCUGGCGGUUUACGACAAGGACACGCCGGAGAGGUGGUACAAUCUCGCGAGGGCUGUGGGUGGGAAAUCAGUGGAGGAAGUGAAGAGGCACUAUCAGAUGCUUGUAGAAGAUGUGAACAAGAUUGAGGCUGGUGAGGUGCCUUUGCCUAAUUACAGAAAAUCUGGUGGAGGAAACACUAAAUCGUAUUCCAUGGAUAUUGAAGAACAGAGGAUGAAGACUUUAAGAAUUCAGUGAAGGAGAGCAACCCAGAUCAGUUCGUAAAUGGGAAUAAAGAUUCUUAAGUUUCAACAUAAAAGAAAAUGCAGAACAGUCGAAGUAACAAUAUAUAUAGACGAUAAGAGUCAAAUGUGAUUAGUUAAUUUGUUGCGUUUUCCCCUUUAAUUUUCCGAAAGUCAUUAUAUUUUCCUUUCAGCUCCUUUAAGUGUACUAAGAAAAGGAAAAGAAACUCAGUUAAUGACAUGAAUAUAGAAUA